GCACAGACACUGAGAGGGUUGGUUCUUACAUAUUCACACAUUUGAGGACGUCGAGUCCAUAAAGAUCCAGACCAAGAACUAAGGAGCCCAGAGGUGCAGAUACCACCAUGGAAGGUUAUGAAGGAUACUACACCUCGGACUAUAAUUAUACAUCCUAUUAUGAGCAAGACGAAGACGAAUACAUGCCUUGCAGCAACGUCGGUUUGAGGGAUUUUGGCGAGGUCUUCCUGCCCACCAUCUACAGUUUGGUUUUCAUCCUUGGCGUCAUAGGCAAUGGUUUAGUGGUGUGCGUCCUAGUGAAGCACCGCCACCAGACCAACUUGACAGACAUGUGCCUCAUCAACCUGGCUGUCUCAGACCUCGUCUUUGUCUUCACGCUGCCUUUCUACGCUCACUACUCCCUGGUGGGUGAAUGGCCUUUUGGAGACUUCCUCUGCCGCUUCGCCUCCGGCUCACAUACCACCGGGUUUUUAAGCAGCAUCUUCUUUAUGGUUGUCAUGACGCUGGACCGCUAUGUUGUCAUCAUGCACGCGCACAAGGUUGCACGAUAUCGCACUUUUAGGGCAGGCAUCGCUUUGACCGUCUUUGUUUGGACUCUGAGCUUGUGCUUCUCCCUGCCGGCCAUCUUCUUCACGAAGGUGAAGAACGACUCUACCGAGGUCACCUGCAGCUACGAACCGGAAAACAAAGCCUGGAGGCUCUAUGACAUCAUCUUGAAGAAUGUCUUUGGCCUCGGCAUUCCACUGUUGGUGAUGAUGGUUUGCUACUCCAGGAUCAUCCCCAUACUGCUGAACAUGAGGAGCGCCAAGAAGCACCGUGUAGUCAAGCUGAUCAUCUCCAUCGUGAUCGCCUUUUUCGUAUUCUGGGCCCCAUAUAACAUUUCCAUUCUCUUACAGUUUCUGAAUUUGUUGACCGAUUGCAACUCACUCCAAAGGCUUAAGCUGUCGAUAAUAGUGACCGAGACCAUUGCUUACUCUCACUGCUGCCUGAAUCCCAUCAUCUACGCCUUUGUGGGACAGAAGUUCAGGAGACGAGUAUUGCUGAUGUUGAGGAAAUGGGGGUCUGGGUUUCUUCAUUCCACAAGAGAUUUUUCAGAUAGCUCAUACAGGAAAGGCUCAGUUAUGUCCAGGUCCUCUGAUGUCACCUCCAAUUUCAUCAUGUAGCAGGUGGAUGCCAGAUUACUUAUUACUACUAUAUUAGCAUUGUUCAAGCUGCUGCAAGAUUUGUUCUGUGUUUUCCAUUUUCCACCCUCAGUUUUAGUCAACAGCAUUAUCUUAGCACAUGUAUGUGUGUAUUUUAUCUUCAUCUUUUUUUUUUAUCUUUAAUCGGUUGGAUUUCUACUUUCAUUUUAAGUCAACACUGGAAUAUGUUGUGUGCACUAUAACUAGAUGUGUAGUGCCAUCAGGUGCGAUCCAAUUAGUGCCAAAAUGUCUUGAUGUCAGGUCAUUUCUUUUUAAAGGUAAACAAUGUCCCUCCGUUUCCUGCUUAACGUUUGACUAAACUAAGGACCUUUUGUGUACUGCAGCCUGUAACCACAACCUUUGUUCAUGCUUGGCUGACGGGUUUAAAAUGUUCACACGGUAGCUUCUGCACCUCUAAAUGGAAGAGGAACAUUUAGGCCAUGUGGAAUUAAACAAUAUUGUUUGUUUUUACUGUAUUCCUGUGGUAUAUUCAUUUCACUUAAUGGUUCAUGACUAUCACAGGGUUAUGUAACACCUUUUGCAAAAUGAUGACGUUUGCACAAAUGUCCUUGAUUUUAAUUUGUUCAUGUGGAACAAAGUUUGCCUCAUUGCACACAAGCCUGUAAAUGUUUAUAUAUUUUCUCAAUUUUGCUUCAUGCCUAUCAUUUUUACCAUUUAUUAAAUUGCUU